AUGAGUUGGUUUCAAGAGGGCGACAAAAAUUCUAGAUUCUUUCAUGUACAGGUGAAUGGCAGAAGAAGGAGGAUGCAGAUAAAGAGGAUCCAACAAGAUGGUCAGUGGUUAGAAUCAACUGAGGAAGUAGCCAAUGCUGCUGUGAAUUUUUUUCAAAAACAAUUCAAUGAAGAAAGCGUUCCAUCAGACUUUGAUAUUCUAAAACAUGUCCCUAGGAUGAUCAACAUGGAGCAAAAUGAAGAUCUGGUUGCCUGGCCAACGAAAGAAGAAGUCAAGAAUGCAGUUUUUGGCUUGAAUGGUGAUAGCGCUGGAGGUCCCGCUGGUUAUACUGGAAAAUUAUUCCAAUGUUGGUGGGAAAUAGUAGGAGACGAUGUGUGCUCAAUGGUUGCGGAAUUUUUUGGAGCCGGCUUUGUGAAGGGCAGAAGCAUUGUAGAGAAUAUCUUACUUGCCCAAGAGAUAGUCACCGACAUCAGAUUGAGGACAAAGGCAGGGCCUAAUGUAGUAAUAAAGCUUGACAAGCAGAAAGCCUACGACAGAUUAUCGUGGUUUUUCUUAACGAAUGUUCUAAGGAAGAUGGGGUUCAGUGAGAGUUUUAUCGGCAUGAUUUGUGAUAUAGUGAAUAACAACUGGUACUCGGUUUUGUUGAUUAUGGAGGUGCUCACAGAGUAUGAGAAGGAAUUUGGACAGAAAGUCAAUAAGGAGAAAAGCGCAGUAUAUAUGCAUCACUUGGCGUAUCCUGUAGUGAUGGAAAGGGUGCAGCUUGUUACCAGGAUUAGUAGACAGGAAUUUCCUUUGACAUACUUAGGAUGUCUGAUCUUUUAUAGCAAGCAGAACAUGUCAUUUUACUCAGACCUCAUUCAGAAAGUGCUGGGUAGAUUACAAUCCUGGAAAGGGAAAUUACUUUCUCACGGGGGAAGAGUAGUUCUUAUUUCUCAUGUGUUACAAAGCAUGCCGAUUCAUUUGUUAUCGGCCGUCGACCCUCCUGAUUAUGUAAUUAAAAAAUUACAUAAGAGUUUUGCUCAAUUCUUUUGGAGCAACUCAGUGGGCGAUAGAAGCAGACAUUGGGCAAAAUGGUUGGAGCUGUGUUUGCCACAGGAUGAAGGCGUCUUGGGGUUCAGGUCCAUGUUCGAUGUGUCCAAGGCUUUAUUUGCCAAAUUGUAG